CUCGGUGGAGAAGCCAGUUGCCUGCGCAUGCUCCUUGGAGAAGUCAGUCCAAAGAUGGCGGCUUCCCUAGGAGGUAUGUUUGGGGCUCAACAACCAGGUCCCCCUCCACCGCCUCCACCUCCAGGGCCCCCAGGAAGUUCGGGACAAGUUGCGUUGCUUCCAACGGCGGCCGGAGGCCCGAGAAACUCCAAUAACACAUUAGUGGACGAGUUGGAAGCGUCUUUCGAGGCUUGUUUUGCUUCCCUGGUGAGUCAGGACUAUGUCAAUGGCACUGAUCAGGAGGAAAUUCGAACUGGUGUUGAUCAGUGUAUUCAGAAGUUUCUGGAUGUUGCAAGACAAACAGAGUGCUUUUUCCUUCAGAAAAGAUUACAACUGUCUGUCCAGAAGCCAGAACAAGUUAUCAAAGAGGAUGUCUCAGAGUUAAGAAAUGAAUUACAGAGAAAAGAAGCAUUGGUUCAGAAGCAUUUGGCAAAGCUCAGACACUGGCAACAGGUACUAGAAGAAAUCAACAUUCAACAUAAAAAGCCCACAGAAAUACCCCAAGGACCAUUGGCAUACCUUGAACAGGCAUCAGCUAAUAUUCCUGCACCCAUGAAGCAAACAUGAUUCUUUGCUGUCUACAGAAGAAUUAAACUAAGAAUUUUCUUAUUUGUAGUUUUGUUGGAAUCUGCAAACUAUUGAUGUACAAAAGUAUUUCCUUAUGUUAAAAAUUCCACUUCACCAAAUAUUUUUUCUUUUUCUAUGUACAGUUUCUUAAAGCAUAAUCCUGUAAUUUCUGAGGAAUGCAUAUUGUUUUGGUAAAUUAAAAUUAAUACUUUUUUCAGAA